AGAAGAAGAAAUGACACCGUCAACAUAGCUCACUGAACAUUUCAAACUUACCGACAAUUGGCCAGAUUGUUGGGAUUUACCUCGUUUAAAGCCCAUCUGAUCCUGUGGUUUAAAUGAGUGUUUUUUCAGCGGCACUUAAACUCGGCAGAGGACAAAAUGUCCAGUUUCGGUGUCAGGGAGGAUUUGACAGUGUGCUGUGUGCUGCCGGCGGGUCGAGCAGGAUCCUGCAGCUAGCACUCUCAGCUGUGGAGACUGUUUCUACUGUGUCUACUUGUCUGUGCAGUUUCACACAGACACGGGUCUUCGUAUGUUUACUGUAACACAGCUGGACGACUAAAGAGGCCGGCUAGUCACGUUAGAAAGCAAAUCAGUCAUGCUUGAUCGCAUGCUGCCCUGGUCUGGGUCCAGUCGCCCUGGUUUCUUCCUGGGGACAGCUCUGUUGCUGGCAGUGAUGCUGCUGGUCUACUCCGGGGGAGUCCAUGCCAGCUUGAGCUUAGGCCCAGGUGGAGACUUCCCGAGGAUCCAAGACGUGUUCCUGUAUGCCUUCAGUCAUGACGAGCUGCCCUCUCUCCUCGUCAAUGCUGCCCUCCUGCUGUUAGUGGGACCCUGUCAGGAGCGACGCUGGGGCACGGUGGCCUUCCUGGGCCUGUCUGCCCUCUCCAUGGCCAUAUUACCUCCUCUCUGUACGCUUGUCCUGUUUGUCGGUGGCGGUGAGGCAAGUCGCAUCUGUGGCUACUCGGCCGUUCAGCUGGCUCUGUUAACAGCUCAGUGCCGCCAGGUGACGCAGAAGAGGCUGCUGAGGUGUUUGCCCAUCUGGUUUCUGCCCUGGCUUCUUCUGCUACUCAGUUUGCUGCUGCUGCCCAGUACACCCGCCUUGCUUCACUUCUGCGCAAUAUGCAUCGGACACAACUAUCGUCAGCCCCUCAUUGGAAUGCUUCAAGAACUGGAGCAGGCCCGAGUCUUUGACCUCAUUCCCGACUGGGCGUGUGUUCUCACCUCUGCCAGGCUCAGGCUGCCCACCUAUACAACCUCACAGAGAUCUAGAUCACUUCCUCAGACAGCACCAAUGGAUCACUCAGUUCCCUCGAGCAGCCCCCUCAUGGCGGAGGACCGCUCCCUUUUGAAUGAACAGUUGUGGGUGGAGCCUGUGCCUGCUUGGCUAAUGGAGGAGUCGGCUCCACUGUCUGAGGCUGAGGCUUUAGAGGAACAGAUGCUCAGGGCUGGAAUCCUGGCCUCCUUACAGGAUGCUCCUGAUUACCCUGAUGCAAAAGUGGAGGUUCCAAAGUCAUCGGUUUCCUCUCUCCGGCUCCAGCAACUGGAGAAGAUGGGAUUCCCUACUGAGAAAGCUGUAGUGGCAUUAGCAGCCUCAAAACAGCUAGAUGGCGCCAUUUCCCUACUCAUUGAUGACCGUGUUGGGGAACAGGCCCGGGUCGUGACAAAGGGCAAGAGCCCUCUGCCACCACAGAGGAGCUAACACAUCUGACUCUUAGACCAGGUUACAGUGAUCGAGCAGACUCAGAGACAGAGUACUCUGUUGUGUAAUAACACUGAAAUGUGCUUGGAUUUUGCUGAGCUAAACAAAUGUUUUCCCUGUGGGCUAAAUGGAAAGUGAUUUUUCAUAAUUCUUGCAGAAAAAAGGAGUGAGGACUGAGUUGAACAUUUAUGAGCUCACUUCAAGACUUGACCUCACUCCAAGUUUGUGUUGUUCCACAUAAAUUGUACAUCAGAGAGAGUGAAUGUUACAUUUAUUAAAUUAUAACUGUUUAAUGAGUAUUAUCAUGACAAAAUGAGGACAGGUGACAUGUUAAAAAACACUGAACAUCUUUUUAUUAUACCAACCAUCUAGACAGGAUUAUCUUAACACAAUAGCACAUCUGCAAGCAAAAAGGAAACAA